ACUAAUUUUUUUUUUCUCAUUACCCCACGGUAUUGACAAUAAAUCAAAUGAUGGAUUCCUUUUCUCUUUAAAUUAAACAUUGCAUCAUUCCGUCACAUCCCGUGCCUUUUUUUUUCGUUCAAAUUGCUAUUCUAGUCCAUGACUUCUACCCUAGGUAGCGACCUAAUAGAGAAUGGAACAGGAAAGUGUGUUUGGUUCCAACUUUCAUUUCCCCUUUCCCUCAUAAUGGGGACAGGGGUCUCCAUAGCAACGGCCUUAAGUAGUUCGAUGUGCACGCAGAAUUAACCAUUUUUGUUUUGUGGGAAUGCAAUUUUUUGUUGUUGCCAUUAAUCUUUGUCUGUGUGUUCUUGACCGUAGGUAUAUCCUUGUCCGUCCUAGUAUGUCUAUUUGGUUAGAAAAGUGGAUGUUGCAUGGAACGGAGAGUUAUGUACUAGAACCGGAAGAAGCCCCACUCCUCCCAUCGGCUUGACUUUAGUCGCGGUCUAAUACUCGGUAAAAAUGAGCCUUUCUAAUUAUAUGUAGCGCGAGAAAGGAAAAAGAAACAGCAAUUCAACUUGGGUGUUACGUGUAGAAUUGGACUUUGUCGGGUUAGAAGCGGUAACCACCAGUUGGAAAAUGAAAAUUGGGAGUCGAACGGUUGUUAAAGAAAAAGUAAAAAGGUCAGGAGGAACGUUAUAAGUAAUUUUCUUGUUGUAGGUUUCGAGCGAGUGACUCCAAGGUCAGUUGUUUGAAGGAACAAAGGGCUAUAUGUUAUAGGCUAGCAGCACAUACCGUCUUUUAUAUUACUUUUCAGAAGAAAGAAACGCAUCCGCGCUCCUCCCCUAACACCGCCCCGGGAUAUUCUUGUAGUUCACCUGCAACUGGACAUUUUAGGUUCAUCCAACUGCGAAGAUGGCUUUAUAUGGAUAUCGGAUUGCCCUUUCUUUCCGUUUGGAUGCCAACCACAUCCAAGUCAGUUCACAAUAUUUUUAGAGUGAAAUCCUUCAAAGGCGUUUUCCUUUGCCCACAAUCACUCACUCAAGUAUGCAAAUAACGGUUCUUUAAAUCGAAUCUUGACCAGAGGAAUCCGAUAAUAGGUUGUCGUAAGUAUAUCGCAGCAUAUUUUCUUAAUUCCGUUCUAGUUGCCAACGAGCAAAUGGCGUGAUGGCGUGCAAUUUCUUUUGACGUCGUGAUCAUGUUUCGUGUUGUAGUGCAGACGGAAGCGGAAUGAAACUCGCCUUACUCGAUGCAAUUUCCCCCCUGAUGGACAUAGGUCAUCCGCAAUAACACACACUCUGCAGAGGGGCUUUAUAUACAGUACCAUCAACGAUCGUUACGUCCUUCCGCACUAUACCCGGUUGCCACUAGCCCGGCCGACGCUUCACUCGCUGCACGCGGGAACUUUCGCACUGCGAAGACCACUCUCAAUAAAAAGGUAAACAUGUCGACUCCUACGGAAGGUACUGCUGUUAAGGUUAACCACCAGCGCCAAAAACAAAAUGAAAUUAUUCAACCAUUACUUACCGAUCUGUACCAGCUCACCAUGGCGUACGCGUACUGGAAAUCGGGGAAAGUGGAAGACACAGCGGUCUUUGAUCUGUUUUUCAGGAAAAACCCGUUCUCUGGGGAAUUCACAAUAUUUGCUGGUCUCGAAGAAUGCAUAAAGUUUCUAUAUAACUUUCGCUAUAGUGACAGUGAUAUAGCUUAUCUCAAGCAAAUCCUUCCUCCCUACAUUGAGGAAGAGUUCUUUCGUUAUUUGAAGGACCUUACGGUAGAAGAUGUGACACUCUUUGCCAUUCCUGAAGGUUCAGUCGUGUUUCCCAGAGUUCCCUUGUUGAGGGUCGAAGGGCCACUUAUUGUAGUCCAGCUGUUAGAAACAACAUUUCUGAAUUUGAUCAACUACUCUAGCUUAAUUGCCACCAAUGCUGCAAGAUUUCGAAUGGCAGCAGGAAAGAGGAUUAAACUUCUUGAAUUUGGUUUACGUAGAGCCCAAGGUCCUGAUGGAGGGCUUUCUGCAUCCAAAUAUGCUUAUCUAGGUGGUUUCGACGGCACUAGCAAUGUUUUGGCUGGUAAACUGUUUCACAUACCAGUCAAAGGAACUCAUGCUCAUGCAUACAUUAGUUCUUUCUCUACACUAGCUGAUUUAAAAACUCGCGAUUUGGCGGUACAGAAUGAAAAUGGUUCAGAUUUGAUAGAGAGUCGCGAUUUUGUGGAGGCGUGUACAAGGCGGCGCGAUCAGUUGGCUGCACUGCUCGGUAUUCUGUUGCAGGAAGCUAACGACGGGGAAUUGGCAGCUUUUAUUUCCUACGCCAUGGCAUUCCCUGACGGUUUCACAGCCCUAGUCGACACUUAUGAAGUUCUCAGUUGGAGCGGAGAAACCCCUAGUCAGCGCUAUGUAUCGGAGCCACGUCUCCAUUACAGAAGUGGAUUACUGAAUUUCUGUGCAGUGGCUGUGGCAUUGAGCGAUUUUGGCUACAGACCCAUCGGAAUUCGGCUCGACUCGGGUGACCUGGCCUAUCUUUCGAACCGAGCCCGUGAUGCCUUCCGGAAAAUCGCCGAAGAAUUGGCCAUUCCUUGGUUUUCUCAGUUGUCCAUCGUUGCUAGUAAUGACAUCAAUGAAGAAACCAUACUGAGUUUAAACGAUCAGCAUCAUCAGAUUGAUUGCUUUGGUAUUGGAACUCAUCUCGUGACUUGCCAAAAGCAACCUGCUCUUGGCUGUGUUUAUAAGCUUGUAGAGAUCAACAAACAGCCCAAGAUCAAAUUAUCAGAGGAUCUCGAAAAGGUGACCAUUCCAGGACGUAAAGACAUCUAUCGCCUUUACGGAUCAGAUGGUCACGCUUUGAUAGAUUUAAUGCAGAAACAUGGUGAACCUCCACCAUUGGCUGGCAAUCGAGUUCUUUGCCGCCAUCCUUUUCUGGAAUCAAAGCGAGCCUACGUCAGUCCUGCUCGGGUUGAGCCGUUGCUGCAUAUCUACUGGCAGAACGGUACAUGUUCUCAGCCCUUGCCAUCCAUGGAACAAUUACGUCAUCGUGUUCAACACCAGCUAGGAACUAUCCGCCAAGAUCACAAGAGAAAUUUGAAUCCCACUCCCUACAAAGUGAGCGUCUCGGAUUCGCUCUAUUCUUACCUCCACAAAUUGUGGUUGCAAAACGCACCGAUUGGGGAGCUAUCGUGAAAUAUGUAUCCUCUCAUCGUGUAACACAAUGAACAAGUAUUCGUUGCUAGCUAAUUAAUGACAGACUGGACUAAUGCCCUGUUUUCCUUAGCGCGCGUCACAGAUGCGCAUCUCAUAUAUUUUUUUUUGUCUCUAGUCCUCGUAGGGGUUUCAAAUUCAAAUGGGGGUUUAUCUUUAAGUCUUUGUUGGAUUAUCCAGAUCGCAACCUGCACAUCGACUGCCAUUCUUGUGAUGGUAGUACAUUGUUGUUGUUUUUUUCGGUGUGUGAAUCUGCAUGUUAGUCUGGGACUGAAGCAAGGGCCAAGGCUGUCACGAAUCAAAUCAGGCCACUUUGUUCAACGGUUUGCAGUACUAAAUUUUGUUGUUUUACUUUAAUAUACAGAUUUUUUUCAUUUUCA